AUGGAGGAGCUGCUUAGAAGAAGCACAGAAGCAGCAGCAGCUGCUGCUGCCUCACCUGCUGCUGCUGCUGCUGCUCUUGUCCCCGAAGCCUCAGCAGCACCAGCAAUUGGUGCAGACAGCAGCAGCAGCAGCAACAGCAGCAGCAGCAGCCUCGCCGCCGCCGCGUCCCAGCAACAGCAGCAGCAGCAGCAACAGAAGCAGCAGCAGCAGAAGCAGCAGCGGGCUCUCCAACUGCUUCUCAUUCGCGCCUACGGCGUUCACCAAUAUCUGCUGCUGCUGCCUCUGCUGCUGCUGAAGCGCCAACUGCAGCAGCAGAUGGCCAAAGCGAAGGGACGCCCAGCAGCAGCAGCACCAGCAGCCACCAGCAGCAGCAGCAGCAGCGGCAGGAACUCCGGCGGCUGGGUCCCGUGUACAGGCGCAGCAGAGAGUAGCUGCGCUUCGCUGAACGCUGGGUUGCAGCAGAAGCAGGAGCAGCUGCAGCAGCAAGCAGCAGCAGCUGCUGCUGCUGCUGCUGCUGCUGCUCCGUCUGCGAUUGCUGGUGUUGCGUCUGCUCGUGCUGAAGCAGCAGCAGCAGCAGCAGCAGACGAACAGCAAGUGGAAGACAUCAUUUGCUGCUCACAGGGCCCUCUGAGUGCACUGAACAGCCAGCAGAGCUCAGCAGCAGCAGCAGCAGCAACGGCAGCAGCAGCAGCAACAGGUCCCUGUGGGGGAUGGUUGACCUCUCAGCCUUUUCCUCUCUCCCUAUUUGACACACAGCCUGAGCAGCUGCUGCUAGAGCAGCAGCAGCCGCAACUGCAGCAGCAAGAGCAGCAACAAGAGCAACAGCGGCUGCUGCAGCAGCAGCAACACCAGCAGGAGCAGCAGCAGCGACAGCAGCAGCAGCACCUCCCAUUCUACCUGCAGAACUUCGCAAGCGUGGUCUCAUCUGCCCCGCCAGCUGCAGCAGCAACAGUAGCAACUGCUGCUGCUGCUGCUGCUGCUGGUGGGGGCCCGCCCGAUUUGCCGUGGGACAGGCGGGCGCGCGGCGCCCGCCCCAGCGGCAGCAACGAAGAACAAAGGCAAGCUGCGCUGCACAGCAGCAGAAGCGGCAGCAGAAGCAGCAGCAGCAGCAGCAGCAGCAGCAAAAGUACCUGCACAACAGCCCCUGGGGUGCUGUCCGCGUCAGAUAGAAUGAUUCGGCUUUUGCUGCGGCUCGCAUCAUAUAGACCAAUGGUCCCUGCCUGGCUGGUGUUCCCCCUGCCGCUGCUGCUGCCGACACACUACUGCUUUCGCAGCAGUUGA